GUUUCGGAGUGUUUUUAGACGUCUAAUAAUAAAUAAAUUGUUUUAAUUUACGCGCAUAGGCAACCCAGGUUACAUCAGUGUGUAAAUCACAGUGGUAACCUUAAAAAUGUCUUGCCUGCAUCGAAUUCUGCAUAGAACUCGAAUUUUUCAAGCAACAACAUGUUUAGUGACACAACAAAAUGGCAUGUCCCAAUACCCGCCUUAUUACAUCAAACCAGUCUUCAACAAAGCCGAACAGGAAGCACUAUACAAAUCUGGAGAGGCUAGCAAAAUCGCUCACGUUCCAACGCGAGCCGCCCUCAUAGACCAAACCUCCUCGCCGUUCUACGACGAUAAAGUAGCCCUCUUCACCAACUAUCUAAUGCGCAACGGCGACAAACAACUCGCACGUAAACUCGUUGAAAAAACAUUCGAAAAAAUCAAACGCUCGCAAAUCGCGCGUUACCACAAAGCCGACGACGCGGACAAAGAGAAGAUCCUGCUAGAUGCGAAGAAAAUCUUCCACGUGGCGGUGGAAAACUGCAAACCAAUCAUGCAUCUUACUCCGAUAAAACGCGGUGGCGUGCGGUAUCAGGUACCAGUUCCGAUCUCCGACCGACGAGCGCAAUUUUUAUCUAUGAAUUGGUUGAUUGAUGCCGGCUGCGACAAGGAAGCACCGAUGUCGUUCUGGGAUCGUUUGGCAAUCGAACUCAUCGAUGCGUCCAACAACACGGGGAAAGUCAUCAAGAAAAAGCAGGACUUGCAUAAACAAUGCGAAGCAAAUCGCGCGUAUGCGCAUUACAGAUGGAGUUAGACAAUUACUACAAAAAUUUCAUCAGGUUUAGUUAAAGUCAUGAUUCAAAAUUAAAUUAAUAUUAACAAGA